AUGUUGGCGAUUUUCCAUUCUUCUGGAAGAGCACCUUGGCUUAAGGACUUAUUAAAAAGCGUGCACAAAGACGUUGAAAUAACAGGAGCAGACGGGAAGUGUCUGUCCAGGGAGGUGUCCCCUAGUCUGCGUAGGUGUCCCCAUGCAGCAGGUAUUUAUCGAUAUAUUUUCUGGUGGGAUCCUGUCAUGUUUAGACAAGAAAUGGGCCCCUUAAAUGUCAGUUACAAUUCGACACCAUGCAGGCCUGCCUUAAUUGUAGGUUCACAUAGGGCUGGAUAAAAUAGCGGCCCGCUGGGUAUUUAUCCCAGAACAUUUGAGGUUAGUAGAGUAAAUGUAGGAUAUAUGAAUAACUAGGGACUCUUAGCAUGAAUUUAACAUUAAAUCAUCAAAUCCAUAUUUAGGAAUCGAUCGUCAUCUCUUGGGUCUUAAAAUUCUUGCAGAAAAGUCAGGUUUGUUAUGAUUGUUAAUAACACCUUGGUUGAUAAACACUUUGGAAAUUUGCUUGGGUGCAUACGACACAACGUGAGGCUGAUAAUAGCGUCCAACUGAAAUAAGUUAUUGAAAUAGAGACACACAGAAGUCAACUCAGCCAAAAAAGCGUAACCGCUGCCACGCCAUGAUUCGCAAUGAUUCGUCAUCAAAAUGCUGUCGCCAUGUUUCUAGCCAGUGCGGUUAUAACAGGCAUUCACCCCCUGAAUAUCCGCCAUUUUGAACAUUUUCAUAAGCGCACUGGCUAGGACCAGGGAAAAGUUAGUUCCCUGACCUCAGAAUGACAUUUCGUCAAAACGUUUUUCUUCGAGAUUGGUUCAGAAACAAACUUGGGUUAGGGUUAGGGUUGGUGUUUAGAAUUGGGUUAGUGUUAGUGUUAGUAAAACCGUUUCUUUCUUAUGUUUUGUCACUCUGAGGCCAGCGAAAUAACUUCUUCCCUAGGACCAUGCAUGGCGACAGCAUUGCAACGGUUACACCAAAAUCAUAGGCAAAACCAAGAAGUCGACCUUUCGGAAGGUUCCUAUUCUAUGACCUCGGCCUCGCACCAUUGUCCCGUGUUCUUAAAAUGCCUAUACAAUUGCACAAACAACAAACGUAUGGGAAUUACAGCGCUGGUUGAAUUAUAAGGUGUACAUUUUAAAUGUUAUAACAAACGUGACAUUUUAGUCUCUUAUAAUCGGUGGUGAUAUUCAGUGAUAUUUUCAGUUAUGAACCAUCUUAUCUGUGUUAUGUUUUAGGAUUACCAACGCCCGAGAUAUUCACUGAUCCAGCUUGGACAAAAAGGUAUAGUACUUGAAUUCGUCAGAGAGAGAGAGAGGGACGUUUUCGUAACUAACUAGACGGAUUUAGAAAAGACGACGCGAGCUCAAAGACGACGCGGAUGUCGUCAUUUGGCGCCAACUGUCGUCAGCUGACAGCUUCUGGUUUGCGACCACUUUGCGACGUUGUCUUGGACAAUUUCACGACGUAUAUCAAAAUAUACAACCAGCCCCUGUGAACAGUUAUUUAAAAACGUCUUCACCAAUUUUCAAACGUACUUUUGGCAAAAUUCAUAAAAUUUAGAAUUAAACUGAUGUGACAAUACUUUUUAUUUUGCAGUGGUGGUGAUGGUAAUUAUAUACUAUCUACCAGUUUAGUUGGAUACAUCCCAGUUUUUGGUGUUACCUGGCCGAUGGUGGAAGAUGGUUAUGGGACGUUUUAUAGCAUACAGGACAACCGGUAGGUAUUACAUGUUUUGGCACCCAACACCUCUUCAGUGCAGCUUGGUACAUCUAGACACAAGAAGGCACUUUAUUUAUUCUUUAUAGCUUGUUCUCACCCAGCACAUAUGGCACAACUCAGUGACAUCUUGCUGUCGUAUUUAUCUGAACUUAGAAGCAAUGUUUUUUUCCAAGGGAUAGAUCCAGUUUUUAUCUGGUACGGGGGAGGAGGGGGUGUGAGAGAUGUGUUUGUCCGCUCAAGGGGGGUCGGGUCGCCUCGACACAUUUGACAUUCUCCACUUUAUUCUGUCGUCAACUUUAUCCAGAUCCACCACUCUACCAUCGUUCCGCACACAAUCCAUCCACCGCUCCCGCGGUCGUCCUCCCUGAUUCCAUACGCUACGCAGCCCAUCUGACAAACUAAUUUUCCUCCAUUUUCUUCAUGUGGCCGUAUUUUCUCUCUCAGUUCCACCUAUUAACUAUUAUAUAUUCUCGUUCGUGAUUUGUCAAAACGCGUGGGAUAAUUAUCGGUAUCUUGAAGCCGUCGCAUUAUUUCAGCUGCUGGCGCCAUCAGCGUGCAAUAAUACUUUUUUUGGACCAAAGUAAAAAGGUGUUAUUGCACGCUGUGGUUACCAAGCCCCGGCGCGGUCCAUUGUUUGCAAUCUCGUUCCCCGAGCCUACGAUCCUCGGGAAGGAACGUGAGACCCUGGGAUAAUCCGUUGCCGGAAGCCAGGAAUCCUAGCUAAGAUUGAACUGCGUAUUCCAUUUCAACGGCCAAUCAGAUUCCCUCCCUGAAACAGAUUAUCCCAGAGCCUCACGUUCCUUCCCGAGGAUCGCAGGCUCGGGUAACGAGAUUGCAUUGUUUGCUAAAAAGCGCGCGAAAAUUCCAUAUUUUUAAAAGCGUAAACAAAAUGGCUUUGCUUUCUUUUUAGCUUUCGAAUAUAUAAUAGAACAAUUAUUGAAUUCGGUUUUCGUAUGAUAUCGAGAAUUAUCAAGAUAUCAUACUCAAUCUCAUUCAAUAAUUGUUUAAUAUUAUCAAAAAUGGAGCGAGGUACAACCGUUAUCUGAGGCAGGGUUCGUGGCGUCCAGGGGCGAGUUAGUGAUAGGAGAUCUUAGAUUUUAAAGCCAUAAUUUUAGAUCAUACGUUAUAUGCUUUUCGUAAGUUGAAGAUGAUUUGGGUUUUUUCGCGGGCCUAAACGAAGGAAUAGAUUUGGGGCCAGGUCAGGAAACUCGUUUAUAGUUUAGUCUGACAAAGAGCUUCAAUAUCCUGGCGGCACAUACUCCCUGACUGACUAGAUUUCUAAUUGAUAUUUUACGCUUUAUUUUCUUUAGUAUAAAUGUGUCUGUAUCUGCAUAUGGUAGUUCAAAG